AAAGCUGCAAAAGUCUCAUGGCACAGAGUGCAAAAACUCGCGAACACCCACUCCUGCAUUCCACUCCUGCAUUGUGAAGCAGACGGAACGCACUCCUGUUACAAGAUGGCAAUGAAAUUAGCUUACUGGGAUAUACGUGGGCUUGCUCAACCAAUCCGUUUGCUGUUGGAAUACACUGGAACUACGUAUGAGGAGAAGGCCUAUUCUUGUGGUGAAGCUCCCAACUAUGACAAAAGCUGUUGGUUUGAUGAGAAAAACAAACUUGGAAUAGACUUUCCUAAUUUGCCCUACCUAGAGGACGGUGACAAGAAAAUAGUCCAAAGCAAUGCUAUAAUGAGAUACAUCGCCCGCAAACACAACCUGUGUGGGGAAACUGAAGAAGAGCAGGUGAGAGUUGACAUCUUGGAGAAUCAGGCAAUGGACUUCAGGAAUGGUUUUGUCCAGCUCUGCUAUGGAGACUUUGACAAAAUCAAACCAUGUUACACUGAGGCACUGCCAGGAACUCUAAAGCAGUUUUCGGACUUUCUUGGUGACAGGAAGUGGUUUGCUGGAGACAAGAUCACAUUUGUGGACUUCAUCAUGUAUGAGUUGUUGGAUCAGCACCGUAUGUUUGAGCCCCCAUGCCUGGAUGACUGCAAAAACCUACGAUGUUUUUUGGAUCGUUUUGAGAGUUUGGAGAAGAUUGCAGCAUACAUGAAGUCAAGCAAGUUCAUGAAAACUCCUGUGAACAACAAGAUGGCAAAGUGGGGAAACAAGAAGGAGUGAAAAUGACAGGAUUUUUUC